AUGGAGUUCCACCGCUUGCAUACUGGUUUGCAGCGGGAGGCGGAUCUAGGGUUUGGGAGGCGAAUCAGGAUUUCUCCACGACAGCAGGUUCUUGCAGACACGACGAAGAAAACCUAUGCCGAGGCCGUUAAGAACAGGGGAUUUUAUGGAGCGGGUCGUUGCAGCAUAAGAGGUAAAGGCGCAGACCGCUUCAUUGAUAUUGAAGACGUCGGGGUGUCAGAGAGAUGUGAACUGCUGGGUAGAAGCUUGAUCAUUACUUUUAAGCCGACAGCUGGGGAGUGUUUUGUCCGGGACGACGCUAAGGACUUCAAGCGAUGGGCGAAUCGGCAUUGGGCCACCGAUGACAAUUUCGACUGGCACUAUUUUGACAACGGGAAGUGGCUUCUAUCAUGCCCAAGUGUUCAACACGCUGUCCGCAUCAGAGGCUUCAAUCAGUGCUCCUUUAAAAAUUUCAAUAUCCUCAUCUCGUUUUGGCCGGAGGAGGGUCAGAAGGAUUGGUACGAUGAUUCUCAAUGGAUUUUGGUAUUUGGGAUCCCGCUUCAUCUGAAAAGCAUCGAUCUUAUUAAUUUGAUCGGAAGAUUUUGUGGCAAAUUGUUAGAGGUCGAUUGGAAUCACUGGUCCGCGGACUUCAUUCGCAUUCGGGUGAGAAUGAUCGAUGAGCCGCCGUCGACCAUCCCUGUUCGGUUCGCCGGGGAGCGGUUCUCGAUCCGAAUCAUCACGGCGCCGAUGUCCGCUCAGAAAGGGAGACCCGCCUCGGAAGCCGAUUCAAGCGGGGAGUUGAAACGCCUUGCAUCGUGCAAUGCCCCCAUGCAUCCAAUGCAAGGCCACAUGUUGAAGCGACCGAGGGUGAAUCAAUUGGUGGAUACCCCGAGGCGUGCUGAUUCUCUUUCGGCGGUGGGACCCGGCCAACAGCAGCUCACCGAUAACGUCAACUACUUCGCAGGGCCCAGGCGGCUUGGGAGGAAAAUAUGGGUCAGGAAGUUCGGCCCUAUCAACCGCCCCCCUCUGGGCCUUUCACGGGGGUCUGCUUGUGUGGAGGAGGACUGGGCCUUGUACAGGCCUGGGCCCACGCCUUGUGUGCAGGAGGUCAGUGUGAAUAUGCUUAGGUCCGUGUACCAGUUGUUGUCCAGGCCCGGGCCCAGAUUUAACCCUGCUGUGGACGAAUUGGGUUGGCUUUGUUCGGUUUUCAUUCCAGGGGUUAGACCCGCUAAUUCUGUUGCUCCAAUUCGCAACCUUUGCCCACCGUUUUGUAUUAUCUCUUUUGGUCUAACCUCACCUUCUUCCCGAUCCAUAUACUCCGAUGACCCAUCUGUUCCAGUCCCCCUGGCCAUUACCUCUCCUCCCUCCUCCUUUCACAGUCAGUGCUCAGAUCUAACCAGCCCGCCUUCAUCCCCCGGUUCGCAUUUCGCGUUGAGUUCCAGCUUCGGGGAUUUUGAUUUUCCUUCCCCCUCGUGCGUUCCGGACAGUCAAGCUAGGGUGGGAAGUCAAGACGAUUUCCCCUUUGACGCAGCAACUCUCGUGGCCACCAGCAUUGAAUUGAGCAGUUUAUUCAAGAUUGAAAUGGAGGGUGGAGCGGAUAAUGUGGUGAAAUUGAUAGAGAAUACCGCCAGGGAAAUGCAUCAGAGAAAAGUGCGCCAACCCAGGUCCAAACUUGAAAUGGAAAGACACAGACUAGGAUUGAUUGAGGUGCCAGUUUCAGGUGAUCGCAGGAGCCGCAGAAGGGGUGGGGAUGAACAUGCUGAACCAGUAUAA